UUCGCGCGUUUUCGCCGGAACAGCGAUUGAAGGGGGAAAGGACGCAGCCGGUUGCAUCCGCUGUUCGGCCCAUUGUCUAGCUCGAAACCGGCGAAGGUCGACUGCGUUUGCUCGCUCGCUCGCUCGCACUUACGUACGCACGAACGAUCAGAGUUAAAUUUUGCCGCAAGUGUUACCACCGAACGCGAUCCAUCCUCCCUGUUGUGUCCCGUCGUGUCGUGUCGUGUCGUGUCGCGUCGCGUCGCGGUGCGCGUCCCCGGCCUGGCGUCUGAAAUUCGUUCGCGGUGUAUUCGCCAAACGGUCGAUCGCGUCGCGUUUUACCGGUAGUAUCCUCUGGCUUUGUGUUGAACGAAUCUCGUAGACAUGGUUGCCGGCGCCAAGAUGAUGAACGUGAGGGUGACGACGAUGGACGCCGAGCUGGAGUUCGCGAUCCAGCAGACGACCACCGGGAAGCAGUUGUUCGACCAGGUCGUGAAGACGAUCGGACUACGCGAAGUAUGGUUCUUUGGUCUCCAGUAUACCGACAAUAAGGGUGAUCUCACUUGGAUCAAACUCUACAAGAAGAGUGGACUUUCAUUCUUGUCUAGGGUGGUUCCAUGUGGUCUCCAAAGAAUCUGCCACGUGAUGAACCAGGAGGUCAAGAAAGAAACUCCACUGCAGUUCAAGUUCCGUGCAAAGUUCUAUCCCGAGGAUGUCGCCGAGGAACUCAUACAGGAUAUUACUCUUCGACUUUUCUAUCUUCAGGUGAAGAAUGCUAUCCUCACGGAUGAGAUAUACUGUCCACCGGAAACGUCCGUCUUAUUGGCUUCGUACGCUGUCCAGGCGAGACACGGUGACUAUCAGAAGGGUAGUCACCCCGCUGGUUUCCUGGCAAACGAUCGGCUGUUGCCGCAGCGUGUCGUGGAUCAGCAUAAGAUGAGCAAGGAAGAAUGGGAUAGUUCAAUCACGAAUUGGUGGCAGGAGCAUCGUGGCAUGUUGCGGGAGGAUGCCAUGAUGGAAUAUCUGAAAAUUGCUCAGGACUUAGAGAUGUAUGGUGUGAAUUACUUUGAAAUUCGCAACAAGAAGGGCACAGACCUUUGGUUGGGUGUGGAUGCUUUAGGUUUGAACAUCUACGAGAAGGACGAUAAGCUUACGCCGAAAAUCGGUUUCCCUUGGUCCGAGAUACGGAAUAUCUCGUUCAACGAUAAGAAGUUCAUAAUCAAGCCGAUCGACAAGAAGGCGCCGGACUUUGUAUUUUUCGCCACCAGAGUCAAGAUUAACAAGAGAAUCCUCGCGCUAUGCAUGGGCAAUCACGAGCUCUACAUGCGCAGACGUAAGCCGGACACGAUCGACGUGCAGCAGAUGAAGGCUCAAGCAAGAGACGAAAAAAUAGCGAAACAGCAACAGAGAGAGAAACUGCAAUUGGAAAUAGCCGCUCGAGAGCGCGCCGAGAAGAAACAGCAAGAAUACGAAGAGAGGCUAAGAAAUAUGGCGGAAGAAAUGGACAGGCGGCAAGCCGAGCUGAACGAAGCUCAGGAAAUGAUUCGGCGCUUGGAAGAACAGUUGAAGCAGUUGCAGGCUGCCAAGGAAGAGUUAGAAAAUCGCCAGAAGGAAUUGACGGCAAUGAUGGAAAAGUUGGAACUCUCGCACGAGAUGGAGGCUGCGGAACGCGCCAAACUCGAACAGGAGAUUAGGGCUAAGCAGGAGGAAGUGCAACGUAUACAAUCUGAAGUGGAAGCAAAGGAUGCGGAAGCUAGGAGAUUACAGGCCGAGUUCGAAGCGGCCAAGUUGAGACAAGAGGAAGCUGACCGAGCGUAUCAGGCCAGUACAACCCCGCAUCAUCAUCAUGUCGAGGAAAACGAAGAAGGUGAGGAGGAAGGCGAGGACGAAGUUCCUCAAGGAGACGUUACCAAGGACCUUGCGACUGACGAAUCGAUAAUUGAUCCUGUCGAAGAGCGACGCACUUUAGCCGAGAGAAACGAACGUCUUCACGAUCAACUGAAGGCAUUGAAGCAGGACCUCGCCCAAUCGCGUGACGAAUCCAAGGAAACGGUGAUGGAUAAGAUCCAUAGGGAAAAUGUGCGCCAAGGCCGCGACAAGUACAAAACCCUUCGUGAGAUCCGCAAGGGCAACACUAAGCGUCGCGUUGAUCAGUUCGAAAACAUGUAAAUUAUAACGUGCAUUUAUUCGCUUA